AGCCAUGACAAUACGCGUCGCGCCGGAGCUGCUGCUGGGGACGGCCGACAUGGAGUAAUUAAGAAUAAGAAUAAUUAACUCGAGCACCGAUAACUACUCCCCGGAGGACAGAGACUUAAAGCCAGGAGGCAGAGCCGCGUCGAGCUGAAGUACCUGUAGCGGGUUCCAUAAUGGUGCGAGCAGCCUUGGUGACGGCCACCAGUCUGGUGUUGACCGGGGCUGUGGUGGCGCACGCCUACUUCCUCAAACACCAGUUUUACCCCACCGUGGUCUACCUCACCAAGAGCAGCCCGAGCAUGGCGGUGUUGUACAUCCAGGCCUUCGUGCUGGUGUUCUUGCUGGGGAAGUUCAUGAGGAAGGUCUUCUUUGGCCAGCUGAGGGCUGCAGAAAUGGAGCACCUGAUAGAGCGUUCCUGGUAUGCGGUGACCGAGACGUGCCUGGCCUUCACCGUCUUCAGGGAUGACUUUUCCCCACGCUUUGUUGCCCUCUUCACCCUGCUGCUCUUCCUAAAGUGCUUCCACUGGCUGGCCGAGGACCGGGUGGACUUUAUGGAGAGGAGCCCCAACAUAUCCUGGAUCUUCCAUUUCAGAGUUUUAUCUCUCAUGGGGCUGCUGGGCGUCCUGGACUUCCUGUUUGUAAACCACGCCUGUCAGAGCAUCAUCACCCGGGGAGCUUCGGUCCAGCUUGUUUUUGGGUUCGAGUAUGCUAUCCUGCUGACCAUGGUGCUGACCACUUUCAUCAAGUACCUGCUUCACACCAUUGACCUGCAGAGCGACAACCCCUGGGAGAACAAGGCUGUCUACAUGCUCUACACUGAGCUCUUCACUGGAUUCAUCAAAGUGCUCCUGUACAUGGCCUUUAUGACGAUCAUGAUAAAGGUCCACACCUUCCCCCUCUUUGCCAUUCGCCCCAUGUAUCUGGCUAUGAGGCAGUUCAAGAAAGCCGUAACAGACGCCAUAAUGUCCCGGAGGGCCAUCCGCAACAUGAAUACACUAUACCCUGACGCUACCCCGGAGGAUCUGCGGGCCUCCGACAAUGUUUGUAUCAUCUGUCGGGAGGAAAUGGUCACCGGAGCCAAGAAACUGCCCUGCAAUCACAUCUUCCACUCCAGCUGCCUGCGCUCCUGGUUCCAGAGGCAGCAGACUUGUCCCACUUGCCGGAUGGACGUCCUCCGCGCAUCGAAUGCCAAUCAGACUCCAGCUACGCCCCAGGCCCCGCCCCCUCCCCAGGCUGCCGCAGCCAAUGCCCCAGCGGCCCCUCCUGCCAACGCGGCUCCGGGCAUGCUGCCUGGCUUUCCCCCAGGCAUGUUCCCAUUCUGGGGUCCCUUCCCUGGAAUGCACCCUCCUGCUGCUGCUGCCGCCACCCCUGGUGCUGCUGACACUCCACAGAACAACACAGAGGCUGCGCAGGGAGCCGGUGCCAGCCGCCCCAGUCCCUCGGCUACAGAUACCGCUACGGGAACCGCUGCUCCUGGGGUAGCUCUCCCAGGCUUCCCAUUCUCCUUCCCUCCUCCUCCCUUCCCCACAGCACCGUGGCUGCCCAUGCCACCGCCACCACCACCCUUCUUCUCGUCCAUGCCUCCCCCGCCACCGUCCCUGUCCAGUCUGUCAGAGGAGGAGCUGAGGGAGCUGGAGGCGGAGGGCCGUCAGGGCCUUGAGGCUCGGCUCCAGUGUCUCCACAACAUCCACACCCUGCUGGACGCGGCCAUGCUCAACAUCCACCACUACCUCAGCACGGUGGCCACACUCACCCCUCCACAGACCGAGGCCAGCAGGACAAACCCCUCCGAAACCCCCCCUCCAGCGAGCAGCAGUGCUGAAAGCCCCAGCCAGGAGCAAGACUCGUACAGCUCUGAGUCAGCCGGCGGUGCGAUGGGUUUCACCCAGCCGGCCGACACCACCACCGCCCCCUUGGCUUCGGAGGGGGAAGAAAUGCUGGACGAAGGAGGAGAGGGCGACGACGGAGAGCCCAGCACCGCAGAGCUCAGACGCCGUCGCCUUCGCAAGCUGGAGACGUCGCCGUCCACACCACCACCUGACAUCUGACACGAGCACCAGUUUCCCUUAGACAUAUCGCUCUGGACCAAUGGACUUUUGGAGACGAGACUAUAAAGUCAAAUAGAUUGUGUUUUAGUUUUUCUUCAACCUCUACCCUCCCCCCCCCCCCCCCCCGGCUCGCUGGCCCUCGGCUUCUUCUCAACAAGGUGGCCAAAGAGGAAGUGGAUUCCUCUAAUGGUUGGCUACCUUUCACCGUUUCUGGACUGUUGUGUGCCAGGAAGCAAUAGCAAGAUUUGGCUUGAUUGCUGUUUUUCUACAGAACGAGUGCCUGCUGCAGUCCACGCACUGCAGAUGCUUGUCCCUAACGCCUAACCACACCGAGAGCGACACCAGCACAAGUCCUAGCCGGGGCAGGAGGUGGACUGUGUCGGGUUUUGUGUCUCGCGGCCAUUCAGGUUUCAUGUGCACUUUGUUCACGGACGUCGCAACAACCAUCACGCGGCUUUUUUACUUCCUCUCCUGCUGUAAAGUUGAUUAAUCCCACACUUGUCCCGAUGUGUUUUCUGUUACGGCGCCCGCACACCUGUCCUGCCUGGUGAAUUCAAAUGAACAGAAAUCAGUUUGCAGCUUUUGACUCCAGUGUGAAGACGAACUUCUUGCUUUGUGUUUUUCCCUCCUUUUUACAUUCUGUGGUGUUUGGAGAUCUCGCGACUGGGAAUGCUGUACCAUAAGUGAUUUCAGUGAAUCUGUAAAUACUGUAUAAAGAGUUUUAAUAGGAUGAUGUGUACAUAACGCAGAAUAAACCCAUCAAACCAGACA